AUUUAUUUUUAGUAGAAAUUUUGUAGCCGGCUAGAGAUGUUACGCGAAGCUUUAAGGAUCGGCAGCCGGCGAUGGUAUAGCUACAAGUCCGUCCGGCGUCCGAAUCUGGCUGGCACAGGUGCUCCGAAGGUGGAGCCGGCGAAGGAGCAACCAGGAGCAUCCUCCACAGUGGAAAAUGGUCAUGGCAGCCUGGCCAAGCAGCUGCGGGCCAAGAUUCUGGCCACUGGACCCAUUCCCGUGGCGGAAUACAUGCGCGAGGUGCUGACCAAUCCUCAAGCUGGCUACUACAUGAACAAGGAUGUGUUCGGCCGGGAGGGUGACUUCAUCACCUCACCGGAAAUAUCACAGAUUUUCGGAGAGCUCGUGGGGAUUUGGCUUGUGAGCGAAUGGCGUAAGAUGGGCAGUCCCUCGCCCUUCCAUCUGGUGGAAUUGGGUCCUGGUCGCGGUACCCUGGCCAGGGAUGUGCUGAAGGUGAUCACGAAGUUCAAACAGGACGCCGAGUUCUCCAUGCACAUGGUUGAGGUUAGUCCAUUUCUGAGCAAGGCGCAGGCACAGCGCUUCUGCUACACGCACGACACCCUGCCGGAGGACUCGCAGCUGCCCUAUUACCAAAUGGGAACCACGGCCACCGGGACGAAAGCCUUCUGGCACCGCCGGCUGGAGGAUGUCCCUCAGGGAUUCUCCCUGGUGCUGGCCCACGAGUUCUUCGACGCCCUGCCGGUGCAUAAGUUGCAGCUGGUCGAUGGCAAGUGGCAGGAGGUGCUUAUCGAUGUGGCUUCUGGUGGUGCCAAGGACGAGAAGCAGGCGGACUUCCGGUAUGUCCUCUCACGCAGCCAAACGCCCGUAUCGAGCGUUUUCCGUCCUAUGCCUAACGAGACGCGGGCCUGUUUGGAGUACUCCCUGGAGACGGAACGCCAGGUGGGACUCCUGGCCGAGCGCAUUGAACGGGACGGCGGCAUCGCCCUAAUCAUGGACUAUGGACAUUUUGGCGAGAAAACCGACACCUUCCGAGCCUUCAAGCAGCACCAGCUACACGAUCCCCUGAUCGAACCGGGUAGCGCCGAUCUCACGGCCGAUGUGGACUUCAAGCUGGUGAGGCACAUCGCAGAGACGCGCGGAAAUGUCCAUUGCUGCGGACCCGUGGAGCAGGGACUGUUUCUGCAGCGUAUGCAGGGAGAGGCUCGACUGGAUCAACUCAUGGCUCACGCAUUGCCCGAAAACCAGCAGAUAAUCCGCUCUGGUUACGAGAUGCUCACGGACUCCGCGCAAAUGGGCAGUCGCUUUAAGUUCCUGGCCAUGUUCCCCGGCGUACUGGCUUCCCACCUGGACAAAUAUCCCGUUGUUGGAUUCAGUUAGUAAUUGCAGAAUUAUUAUAUGUUUUUAAGGAUUUAAA